CCGUAGAAAUUGUUCUCGGUUGUAUGGAUUUGGAUCUUGCACUGCGGUUGGAGCGUCCUGUUUCUACUCCGGAUAACCUUAAUGAGGUUAAAAUAGAAAAGUGGGAUCGCUCUAAUCGUAUGUGUAUGAUGAUCAUGAAGCGCUCUAUUCCAGAAGCGUUUCGGGGCUCUAUGACUGAGAAUGAGAGCGCUAAGGGGUUCCUUGAGGAAAUUGAGCAAUACUUUGCCAAGAAUGAAAAAUCAGAGGCAAGUAAUCUUCUGUCUAAUCUCGUUUCCAUGAAGUAUAAAGGCAAGGGGAACAUAAGGGAGUACAUUAUGGAGAUGUCUAAUCUCGCAUCAAAACUCAAGUCACUAAAGUUAGAGCUGUCUGAAGAUUUGCUCGUACACUUGGUUUUGAUCUCUCUCCCUGUACACUUUGGGCAAUUCAAAGUGAGCUAUAACACUCAGAAAGACAAGUGGUCUCUCAAUGAGCUUAUAUCUCACUGUGUGCAAGAGGAAGAGAGGCAAGCGCGGGAUAGGACUGAGAGUGCUCACUUAGCAUCAAGUUCUCAAAACAAAAUCAAGAAGAGAGCUAGGGAUGUUGCAGAAAAGUCUUCUCAGCAAAAGAAACCAAAGAUGCAAACUGAGGGGUUUCCUUGCUACUUCUGUAAGAAGACUGGGCACAUGAAGAAGGAGUGUCCCAAGUAUGCCGUUUGGCGUGAAAAGAAGGGUGAGCUUCUUACUUUAGUUUGUUCUGAAGUUAAUUUAGAUUUUGUGCCUAUGGAUACUUGGUGGGUGGAUUCUGGUGCUACCACUCACAUAAGUGUAUCUUUGCAGGGCUGCCUGUGGAGCCGGCCACCAAGUAAGAACGAAAAGUUCAUCUAUGUGGGGGACGGCAAUAAAGUUGCAGUGGAGGCUAUCGGAACUUUUAAAUUACAAUUAAAGACUGGAUGUCAUUUGGAUUUGUUUGAGACUUUUGUGGUGCCGUCAUUUCGACGGAAUUUAAUUUCGGUUCCAUGUUUGGACAAAUCAGGUUAUUCUUGUUCAUUUGGAGAUAAUAAAUUUAGUCUCUCACAAAAUUCAGUUUUGAUUGGUACCGGUCCAUUGAUUGAUAAUCUAUACAUGCUUGAUGUGAUUAGUUCCCAUAAUGAAAUCCUCCAAACAAGUUCACGAGGUACAAAGCGAAAAUUUAAUGAGAAUUCUGCUACUUUAUGGCACAAGCGCUUAGGACAUAUCUCCAAACAGAGAAUUCAGAUGCUUGUGUCUGAUGGAAUUCUUGAACCCUUAGAUUUAGCAGAUUUUGAAGUCUGCAUUGAGUGCAUUAAGGGUAAGAGAACAAACAUUAAGAAAUUGGGUGCCAAUAGAGCUCAAGACGUCUUAGAACUCAUUCAUACUAAUAUAUGUGGUCCAUUCCCUACAGCAUCUUGGAACGGUCACAAAUAUUUUAUCACGUUCAUAGACGAUUACUCUAGAUAUGGUUACCUCUUUCUGAUAAAUGAGAAGUCGCAAUCCUUGGAUGUUUUCAAGUCUUUUAAGGCCGAAGUUGAACUUCAACUUGGAAAGAAAAUUAAGGCUGUCAGAUCGGACCGUGGUGGAGAAUACUAUGGUCGAUAUGAUGGAUCCGGAGAACAACGUCCAGGACCCUUCGCGCUUUACCUCAAAGAGUGUGGGAUUGUGCCUCAAUACACCAUGCCAGGAACACCUAGCAUGAAUGGCGUUGCAGAAAGGCGCAAUCGUACUCUUAAAGACAUGGUAAGAAGUAUGCUUAGUCAUUCUUCCAUACCGGAGUCACUUUGGGGGGAAGCUCUAAAGACUGCUGUAUACAUCCUUAAUAGGGUACCAAGCAAAGUAGUAACUAAAACCCCUUAUGAGCUAUGGACAGGCAAAAAGCCUAGCAUUAGGCACUUGCACAUUUGGGGUUGUCCAGCUGAGGCAAGGCCUUAUAAGCCACAUGAAGGAAAGCUAGACUCAAAGACUGUAAGUUGCUACUUUGUUGGUUAUCCGCAGUACUCUCGAGGCUACAAAUUUUACAAUCCCACCUCACGAUCAUUCUUUGAAACGGGGAAUGCGAGAUUCCUUGAGGAUAUUGAGUUUUGGGGGGAAGGAAACAUAAGGAAUGUUGUCUUUGAGGAAGAACAAGUCAUUGAUAGUGAUCAGGUUAUCAUACCUAUCACUAGUCCUGACAUAGUUAUGGAACAAGACAACAAUGAAAUUCCUCCUCCUGUACCACCAGUGGAACAAAAUCAACAUCCUCAAGAAGUGCCACUUAGGAGAUCCACUAGAGAAAGAAGAAGUGCGAUUCCGGAUGAUUAUGUCGUCUUUCUUCAAGAACAUGAGGAUGGCAUAGGCUUAAUGGAGGAUGAUCCUAUCAACCUCGCUCAAGCCAUGCGCAGUUCUAACUCUGAACAGUGGAAUAGUGCCAUGAAAGAAGAGAUGAAGUCCAUGUAUGACAAUGACGUUUGGGAUGUUGUUGAAUGCCCUGAAGGAGUAGUUCCGGUUGGUAAUAAAUGGAUAUUUAAAACCAAAAGGGACUCUAAGGGUAAGAUUGAGAGAUUUAGAUCACGUCUAGUCGCUCAGGGCUUUACUCAAAAGGAAGGCAUUGACUACAAAGAGACUUUCUCUCCAGUGUCUGCGAAAGACUCUUUUAGGACAAUAAUGGCACUAGUGGCUCAUUUUGAUUUGGAGCUCCAUCAGAUGGACGUGAAGACUGCGUUUCUCAAUGGAGACAUUGAUGAGACGAUUUAUAUGGUUCAGCCACAAAACUUCGUUGUGGGAGAUCCAAAGAAAAUGGUCUGUAAACUUAAGAAGUCCAUCUAUGGUCUCAAACAAGCUUCCCGUCAAUGGUAUCACAAAUUUCACAAAGUUAUUAGCUCAUAUGGUUUUGAGACUAAUCUUGUUGAUGAUUGUGUAUAUCACAAGUUCAGUGGGAGUAAAUUUAUUUUCCUGGUGUUAUAUGUUGAUGACAUUCUACUCGCCAGUAGUGAUAUAGGCUUACUGCACGAAACCAAGAAAUUACUAACAAAGAAUUUUGAAAUGAAAGAUCUUGGUGACGCCUCUUUUGUAUUGGGUAUUGAGAUACUGAGAAAUCGCUCUCGAGGUAUUCUCAAAUUAUCACAAAAGAGCUAUAUCGAUAAUGUUUUGAGUAGAUUCAACAUGAAAGAUUGUAACCCAGCAAAUACACCAGUAGCCAAAGGAGACAAGUUCAGUCUCGCUCAAUGCCCCACAAACAAUCUAGAAAGAGCGGAAAUGCAGAAGAUCCCUUAUUCAUCUGCAAUAGGGAGUCUUAUGUAUGCUCAAGUUUGUACUCGUCCCGAUAUAGCUUUCAUAGUGGGAGUACUGGGCAGAUACUCAAAGGAUCCAGGUAUGGAUCAUUGGAAGGCAGUCAAGCGUGUGAUGCGCUAUCUAAAGAGAACAAGGGAUUACAUGCUUACUUAUCAGAGAUCAGAUAGUUUGGAGGUCAUUGGGUAUUCUGACUCUGAUUUUGCUGGAUGCCAAGAUAGCAUGCGCUCUACAUUUGGCUAUAUCUUCAUGUUGGCUGGAGGGGCUAUUUCUUGGAGGUCUGCUAAGCAACGUCUUAUAGCUCCUUCCACCAUGGCAGCAGAGUUUAUAGCUUGUUAUGAGGCAUCUGAUCAUGGAUUGUGGCUGCGAAAUUUUGUCACGGGGCUGCGUGUGGUAAACAACAUUGAGAGGCCAUUGAAGAUUUAUUGUGACAAUAAUGCAGCAGUGUUGUACUCUAAUAACAACAGGAGUUCGACAAAGUCAAAGUUUAUCGAUAUCAAGUACCUGGUUGUUAAGGAGAGGGUUCAAAAUGGACAGAUUUCUAUAGAACAUAUUAGGACAGAGUCUAUGCUAGCUGACCCAUUAACCAAAGGAUUACCGCCUACUGCAUUUUAUGAGCACACUGCUCAUAUGGGCGUUAUUCUGGAUGAUACCUUGGUUUAGUGGGAGUCAUUUCGAUUUGUUCUAUAGACAUUGAUUUGUGACUCUGCAGAAUAAAGUGUUUUUUGUUUUUCCUCAGUUUCUGUUUUGAACCUUAAGGUGUUUAUUCAUAUUAUGCAAUUUUCUUGCAUGAAGUGCUUUUUGAUCUCACUAAAGUUGGACCAGUUGAAAAUAGGCAUGUUCAAGAUCACAUUACAUGUAAUUUUCAUGCCACUCAUCCAUAUUUGAUCUAUGUCAUUGAGUGUAUAAAUGUGGUGAUCAUGG